AUGGAUCCUCAUUAUACAAGCAACAAACGACUGGUCAUCGAAGAAAUGGAAUACCCCUACACAUCACAGACUCCUCCAGUCCCUAUGGAACAUGAGAAGUCUGGCCAUGCAGACUCAGCAGUGAGAGAAGGUGAAGUUCGCGAAGCACAAGCUGAACUUUUGAAUCGACUGUCCAGCGGCUCUCCAGCGGCUCUCUCGGGCUGUCGCCCGUCAAAGUUGUAAGCUGCUGGUGGCCAGAGUUCCUCAGCUAUGCAGCGGCGGCGGUCACACUGAUGGCUAUCAUCAUUGUCGUUAUGGUCUAUCAAGACCAGCCAUUGCCACAAUGGCCACAUUUCAUUUCUGUCAACACCCUCCUGUCCAUCUUCUUGUCAAUUUUUCACGCUCUAGUCUUAUUUCCGGUGGUAGAAGGACUUGGGGAAGUGAGGUGGGUGUGGUUCCGUCGGCCAAACAGCUUGAGGGAUCUCGACCGACUAGAAGAAGCAAGCCGGGG